GUAUGACACAGUUCACACAGACUACUCUAUCCGAGCGUUGAAGCCCAUUGUUUGCCGAGCAACUAAGCACAUAAAGCGAAGAAAGGGUGAGCCGGCUGCACCUAUUCGGAACACAUCAUCGAGGGAAGCACACUGUACCAGGCAUCGCCUACCUUUCUCAGCCUUUAUCAACAAACAAACCUUUCCGUAUUUUGCGAAAUUCUUCGACAACUUACUUUCCGCCCGACUAGAAUUACACUUGUAAUUCAAUCCACGAACUUUACCUUACCUGCAAAUCAAUUUACGAUAUUGCAAAAUGGCAGCCAAGACUUUGUCCGUCUUCGCUCUUCUGAGCAUCUUCAAGGAUGUGUCAGCUUUCUGGCGUAUGGAAUGUCACGGCCGCGCGGGUCUAGCGCGUAUUGACCCGAUUAUGGACUCGGGCAAAUUAUCUCCUCAUAUCCAUACUGUCCAUGGCUCUUCUGGCUUCUCUCUAGCGGCAACAUUCGAUGAUCUGAUGGGUGGUAGCUGCACCUCAUGUGCCGUGAAGCAGGAUAAGUCCGCAUACUGGACGCCUGCUCUUUACUUCCAGGAUGCCAGCACUCAAGAAUUUGAGAUCGUUCCCCAAGUUGGAGGAAUGUUAAGCUACUACCUUUUGCGUGGAGACAACGUCACUGCUUUCCCGCCUGGGUUCGAGAUGAUCGCCGGCAGCAACUACCGAAGGGAUUAUACCGUUGGUGAUCCUAAAUCCCCCGAUCCUCCUCAGUCCGACUGGGCUAGUCUCAAACAGACCGGUCAAGCAGACCUGGAGCAGCGAGCAAUUGGAUACAACUGCCUGGACUAUAGCAAGGCCCCCGAAGGGUCACUCUUCCGACACUAUAUGCCGCAGAAGGAUUUCCUCGAUGGCAACUGCCCUGAUGGCCUCCGUAUUGAGCUGAUGUUUCCUUCUUGCUGGAACGGCGACAUCACUUCCAAGGAUCAUAAGAGUCAUGUGGCUUAUCCUAACCUCGUUGGCAACGGUGAUUGCCCGGAUACCCACCCAAACCGUCUCGUAACCCUAUUUUAUGAAACCAUCUGGGACACCCAUGCCAAACAAUUUCAAGGCCGCGCAGGACAGUUUGUGGUUUCCAAUGGUGACCCCACAGGCUUCGGUUAUCACGGCGACUUUAUGACAGGUUGGGAUCCUGCCUUCCUACAAGAAGCUAUCGAAACUUGCACGAACGAUUCUGGCAACAUUCGAGAUUGCCCUCUGUUUGUAAACCAGGGCCCUCUCCAAAACGACCAGGAGCAAGAGUCUUGCGUAUUCGAUGUCCCUGCAGAGUUGGCCAAUGAAGAUGGCACUGCACUAGCCCUUGCGGCUCUGCCUGGCAAUGUACAAAUCCAAGUUGGCCCACAGUCCGCUACUGCUGGUGGCAUCGGCGUUGAUGUCCCUUCGAUGUUCUCCAAGGCAACUAGCUGGUUCGGCGAUGUGUUCGGCGGCGGCGCUGCUGCUACAACUACCUCUAGCAUCCCCACUAGUGUUCCCGCUCCCGCUCCGACUACCAGCACACCGGCAGCCACAAGCGCAGCGAUGGUGGCCCCUGGUGGAGCUUUCAUUGAAUCAUCGUCAUCUGCGUCCGCUGCUCCGAAUUUCAAUAUCCUCGCCACGCAGCCAGCCCAGACAUCGACCCCCUUGACCUCUACUCCGUUGCCACCAACGACCACUGCCGCGCCCGUGCCUACCUCCGAACCCGGCGUAUCGUACGAGAUUGUUAGCACCCAGACUAUCACCAAAGGUCAACAAGUCGAAGAGGUCAUUUGGAAAGAACCUGUUGUAUACGUAACGGAAGAUUCUGUCUCUACUGUCGUCGUAGGAGGCCCCGGGGCGAAGGCAGCUCGGCAUUUGCACGGAAGGCACGCAUUGCGACAUCGACACAACGGCCGAUCGUAAGUGAUGGACAAAAUGAUGGACCAGGUAUCCAUUCUCCCAUAUUUAUUUCGGUGGAAAU